AAACACAUGUUUCCACCACUGUUGUAUUUCGCGCGCAAUUGCAUGCAGCAGGUGUCAAGGACUACAUCGAUCCAUUCAUUGAGGAUAGUGACAACGUUGAGGUAGAAAUGGCUGAAUCGAUGCUAAUCUUGAGAAUGUGUUCCAUAAUAUUGGUCCUUGGUUUUUCAGAGGCCAAAAUGGAAAUCAUCACCAGCAAACCAGAUUUGUUGCUGGGUGAGAAUGCCAUGCUCCUCUGCAAAGCUGGUGGGGAAGGAGACAUCACCUGGCAGAAAGAUGGAGAGGAUGCUGAAGAUGACCUGGUUGAGAAAGUGGAUGAAACAUCGUCAAAACUGUUCAUCAGGAAUGUCAAGAUAGAGGAUGCAGGACGGUACACAUGCCUCUGUGAAUUUGACACAGGCCACAGAGAUUAUGUAUCUUAUGCCAUCUUUGUCUAUGAGCCGCCAUCCUUUGGGCAAACACCGACCAACCAUGAGUUCCUGGAGGGUCAAGAUGUGGUCAUCACCUGCGUGGUCACUGGCAAGCCGGCGGUGGAAGUCAACUGGGAGAGGGACCAUCAGAAACUGCACUCUGACGCAGGUCGGAUCACAAGAUUGAAAGACAACUCCCUACAGAUCAACAACAUCAGCAGGAAGGAUCGCGGAUCAUAUACCUGUGAGGCUAAAAUCAAGGACCGGCCCAUUUUCAAAAAGCACGUCAUCUCCAUCUUCGUCAAUGGUGGGGUUACUCAAAUUCCUCCCACAGUGAAGAUCCAUGAGGAGGUGAAGAAAGUCAUGGCCGGACCAGAGACCAAUGUCUCCCUCAGCUGCCUGGUCGAGGGAGUCCCCCAACCGAACAUCAUCUGGACAAUCCCAGACUCUUCAGAUGAGUCCCGCUACAAGUACAACUCGGACAAGAGCGAGCUCAUUAUCUCGUCUGUUGUCAGGAGCGACUACGGAGAGUACAUCUGCACGGCCAAGAAUAAGAUCGCAGAGAGCAGUGCCAUGAUCAUGCUGGAUGUCUCAGAGCAUCCUGUAGCAGUGCUGAGCCAGGAUAAGAUGAAGGUGGAGCCAGGCCAGACUCUCUCAGUGUCCUGUAACGUCUCAGGACACCCUAUGCCCGCGCUGCAGUGGGUCAGGAAGACCAACAAUGACCACCUGCUAACAGUGGACACUGGUGGAGGUAGAGUGAGAAUGGAGGAUGGCUAUGUCCUGGUCGUUGACAAUGUGACUCCCUCAGAUGGAGGGCUGUACAGCUGCAUGGCUAUCAGUCCUGCUGGCAACGCCUCCACAGACUUCAGCCUGCAGACCUGGCCAGGCAAAGCAUCCCAGGUAAGUGGCACCCCAGGGCCCACAUCGGUCCACUUCACCCUGGGGGCUUCCCUGGUGGACGGGGGCUCUCCCAUCACCCACUUCACCCUCCAGUGGAAGACAGGACGUGAGAACAAUUGGCAGGAGAGAGUCAUCCAGUCCACAGACCCCCUGGUUAUCACAGAUCUGAUUCCCUACACCUCCUACUCUGUCCGGUUUGCCCCACAGAACCACCUGGGUCAGGGUGGCUUCUCCGAAGAGAUCACCGUCCGCACACAGGGCAUACGAGGGGAACCAGACAGCCCGGUCCUGGUGGCCAGCGAGGGGAAGUUUGAGGGCAAUAUGUUCUCAAUCCCUUUAACACAGUUGGACAGCGGAGGCUCCCCCAUUAUCCACUACAUUGUCCGUUACAGAGUGAAUAAGAUGGACGAGGACUGGAGGGUGAAGGACCUGCCGUCCAACAUGACAGUGAUCAACCUCCAUGACUUGCAGUGUAAAUCAGACUACCACAUGGAGGUGCUAGCCGUCAACUCCUACGGCUCCUCCAGCCCAGCCAAGCUGAACUUCAAUGUCCCACAACCUGUAGCCAAGAUGAACAAGGGUGGGAUGGGGAAAGGGGCCGUGGCAGGCAUUGUCAUGCUCAUCUUUUUGGUGCUACUGAUCGCUGUGGACGCCACCUGUUGCUAUACCAACCGCUGCGGCAUGCUGAUGUUCCUGGCUGUCAAGCUGUUUGGGCAGAAGGUCCCUGGGAUUAAGACUGUGGAAGAGGGUGACGGCACCUGUAAUGGGAAAAGGUCCCCCAUUGGAGAUCCUGCCACAGGUCUGAGUUACUGAACAGGAAGUGGGAUCCUAGUAUCUGAAGAAUGGAACCUGUAAAUGCCAAAGUAGAAAGGAGGAAGUAUUGUGAGUUGGGGGUCUUAGUUAAACAUUUUUGGAGAGUUCCCAGGACAGUCAAAGUUCAGAAAGGAUAAGGAUUCGGAAAGUUAUCUGUGAAUUGUAAAG